AUGGAGACUGAAGAGACGAUGGAAUGCCUUCAGGAGUUUCCUGAACAUCAUAAAAUGAUCCUGGAUCGAUUGAAUGAACAGCGAGAGCAGGACCGCUUUACCGACAUCACCCUGAUUGUGGAUAGGCACCAUUUUAAGGCUCAUAAGGCUGUUUUGGCUGCUUGCAGUAAAUUCUUCUACAAAUUCUUUCAAGAGUUUACUCAGGAACCCUUGGUGGAGAUAGAAGGUGUUAGUAAAAUGGCCUUUCAUCAUUUAAUUGAGUUCACAUAUACAGCAAAAUUAAUGAUACAAGGAGAAGAAGAAGCCAACGAUGUAUGGAAAGCAGCAGAGUUUCUACAAAUGCUAGAAGCUAUCAAAGCCCUUGAAGUCAGAAACAAAGAAAACUCCACUCCUUUAGAGGAAAAUACAACAGGAAAAAAUGAGGCAAAAAAAGGAAAGAUUGCAGAAACUUCAAAUGUUAUCACUGAGUCAUUGCCAUCUGCAGAAUCAGAACCUGUUGCAAUUGAGGUGGAGAUUGCUGAAGGUACAAUUGAAGUGGAAGAUGAAGGCAUUGAAACAUUAGAGGAAGUAGCAUCUGCCAAGCAGACCAUAAAGUACAUUCAGAGCACAGGUUCCUCUGAUGAUUCUGCUCUAGCAUUGUUGGCAGAUAUUACCAGCAAAUACCAUCAAGGUGAUAGAAAAGGGCAAAUUAAAGAAGACGAUGGCUGUGCAUCUGACCCCAUAAACAAACAGGAACACAUGAAAUCACACUCCACUGAGAGUUUCAAGUGUGAAAUAUGCAAUAAAAGGUAUCUUCAGGAGAGUGCAUGGAAACAACAUCUAAAUUGUUACCACCUUGAAGAAGGUGGGGUCAGUAAGAAGCAAAGAACUGGGAAAAAAAUUCACAUAUGUCAGUAUUGUGAGAAACAGUUUGAUCACUUUGGACAUUUUAAAGAGCAUGUUCAAAAACAUACAGGUGAAAAACCUUUUGAAUGUCCAAAUUGUCAUGAACAAUUUGCUAGAAAUAGCACUCUCAAAUGUCACCUCACUGCAUGCCAAACUGGAGUGGGAGCAAAAAAAGGGAAGAAGAAGCUUUACGAAUGUCAGGUCUGUACCAGUGUGUUUAAUAGCUGGGACCAAUUCAAAGAUCACUUGGCAAUACACACCAGAGAUAAACCCAACCAUUACACUCUGUGUGAUUUGUGGUUUAUGUAAGGAAAUGAAUUCAGGAGGCAUCUGGAUGAAUCUCACAAUAUUUCAGAGCAUCUAGUAACUGAAGAAGUCCUUUCAGUAGAAACACAUGUGCAAACUGAACCAGUGACAUCAAUGACUGUUAUAGAACAGGUUGGGAAGGUGCAUAUGUUACCAUUGCUUCAGGUUCAGGUGGAUUCAGCACAAGUGACUGUGGAACAGGUCCAUCCAGAUCUGCUCCAGGAUGGCCAAGCACAUGAUUCAUACAUUAGUGUGCUUCCAGAGCAGGUCCAAGUGAGCUAUCUAGAAGUGGGUCGAAUUCAGACUGAAGAACGCACUGAAGUACAUGUGGAGGAGCUGCAUGUUGAACGGGUAAAUCAAAUACCAGUGGAAGUACAAACUGAGCUUCUAGAAGCAGACUUGGAUCACGUGACCCCUGAAAUCAUGAGCCAAGAGGAAAGAGAACCUAGCCAAGCAGAUGGUGCUGAGGUUGCCAGGGAAGAUCAUGAAGGUGCUGAAGGUUUAAACAGCAAACUGACAGUGGAUUCCCAAGCUGAAAAGACAGAGAAUGAGGACAGAACAGUUAUGCCAGUUUUAGAAUGAAAUAACAGAUGAAUGUUAUUUUUAAAUUUACAUGUUGGGUUUUGAACUAAGGGCAGUGUGACUGUCCUUAAGCUAACAGACACGUGGACCAAAGUCAAACUAUUUCCUGUUGUGCUGAACUAUUUUCUAUGGAAACAAACUGAUGACCCUCCCCCCAGAUAAUAUCACAGAGGAGGGGUCUUUCUCAUGAAGGGAAGUAUAUUUCUAGAAACUUAAAUGGAUUAUAUUCUUCUUAUAUUGUUGGGUACAAAUGUAUCUAUUUUCAU